AUGGAAGACAUGAUUGGCCGCAACAAGAUUCCAGUUCUUGUUGGUGGGUCAACAUCACUCACUGUCCCCCUCCUGCAGCAGGCCUUGAAGAACCAUUACAUAAUGCUCGGAAUUAUGUUAGUACCACACCCUUCAAGCUAUCAACAGCUCAUCGAGACCAGAGGCGACUCAAUGGUGAAGCAGGGCCUCUUAGCUGAGCUGAGAACUAAGGCUCCGGAGAAGACACUGCUCCAGGGAGCGCCAGAUUCCAAUAGAGGAGUGUGGAAAGCAAUCGGUUACCCUGAGUUCUACCCAUACCUUGACUACGACGGCACAAGCGAUAUAAAGAGGGAAGUCCUCUGCCACCAGGGAGUCACGACGAUGCGCGUCAGUACACUUCAAUACGGCUUCAACCAGCUGGAAUGGUUACGACAUAUCCUGACCCCCUUCCUCCACCGACAGAAGGUUGCAACUAUCAGCCCCAAUGUCACAGACAAACAGUCUUGGGCUACUGAGGUUGAAGGACCCACCCUUUCAAUGGCUAAUCAGUUCUUCCAUGGGACUCAUUCAGUCACUCAUGUUCCAGGAAAAGUCUCCAACCCUCGUAUUGUUUGCUUGUUCGGCGGAUCAUCUAGCGGCAAUGACCCCAGCCAUGUGGAGGCAGCAAAGGAGCUUUCUCUGGAACUCCAUCGAAACAGCAUCGUUCUCAUUUACGGUUGCGGCACUACGAGGUUGAUGGGAGCCGCUGCCAGCACUCUAGUUGAGGUAUCCGGUCCCUCCUCAGUUCACGGAAUUGUACCCGCUGCGCUCGCCAAGUUCGAAGAAAAGGACACCGGCCAGAGCCACAUGUCCAAGUUUGGGUCUUGCACGGUUAUGAGAGAUAUGCAUACCCGAAAGAGGCUUAUGAUUGAGGCUGUGCUCAAUGAAGGGCCAGAAAGUCGCUUCGUUGCUUUGAGCGGCGGGUACGGUACUAUGGAAGAGUUGCUUGAGAUUGCAACGUGGUAUUAA